GCAGUGUUACUUCGCCUCCCUACUUUGCUGGAGUAGCUACUGUACAUGAUCUAGCUCCCAUUACACGUGUUUUACCAACUCAGUCAGCAAAGUAUAAAUACGUUGGGGAUACCAUAGACAGUGAUUUGCCACCAACUCGAUCAUCUGCAUUUCGAGGAGCUGGAGGAACCCUACCCAAUCCUUCUGUGCAUCGAGAAGAUAAGUUGAGUAGUAGAGCGGACCAAGUCAAAUAUAAUCAAGCUUCAGCACCUGUAAUUAAAAAAAAAGGAAAUCCUUCACGGUCUGCUGAAGUAACACCAUUCACUUAUUCCAACAAAGAGAACCGUACAUCGCAUAGUGAAAAUAAAAUAACCACAAGAGAGAACCGUAUAUCGCAUAACGAAAAUAAGAUAACCACAAGAGAGAACCGUACAUCGCAUAGCGGAAAUAAAAUAGCCACAAGUGAGAACCGUACAUCGCAUAGCGGAAAUAAAAUAGCCACAAGUGAGAACCGUACAUCGCAUAGCGAAAAUAAAAUAGCCACAAGAGAGAACCGUACAUCGCAUAACGAAAAUAAGAUAGCCACAAGAGAGAACCGUACAUCGCAUAGUGAAAAUAAAACAGCCACAAGAUCCCCGACCUCGUUCGUUUCGACCGUCAAUUCGACCAGGCCGAAAAACCAAGGGGUCUUUAGUGGCAACGCUUCAAAACGAUCUGAGGGGUCCAACAUGCCUUUGAAAGAAAAAGAUAAAGCUCUGACUAGCGAUGAAAAAUUCGAUCGUAAUGGACAAGUUAGAGGAAAUCAAACGAAAUCACUUGUUAGCAGUGAAAUAUCUCCUGCAGACUUUGAACAGUUUUUAGAAGAAGCAAAAGAAACAUUUGAAAAGAAAUGGAACAAUCCAGCCAAGAACACUGCAGAUCUAGAGGACUUUGAAAGAUUAAAGACACUAGGAACAGGCUCAUUUGGAAGAGUUAUGCUAGUCUAUCAUAAAUCAACCAAAGAGUAUCACGCCAUGAAAAUACUUGAGAAACAACAGGUUGUUAAACUUAAACAAGUUGAACAUACACUAAAUGAAAAAAGAAUCCUUCAAGCUGUUGAUUUUCCAUUCCUGGUGAAAUUGUACUACCAUUUUAAGGAUAAUACCAAUGUGUAUAUGGCUUUAGAAUAUGUUCCUGGUGGAGAUAUGUUUUCUCAUCUGAGACGGCUAGGAAAAUUUAGUGAAGCUCAUUCAAGAUUUUAUGCUGCACAAAUAGUGCUAGCUUUCCAGUACCUCCAUUCACUAGAUCUUAUAUACAGAGACUUGAAACCAGAAAAUAUACUCAUAGACCAACAAGGAUACAUUAAGGUGACUGAUUUUGGGUUUGCCAAGAGAGUGAAAGGCAGAACAUGGACGUUAUGUGGGACCCCUGAGUACUUAGCACCUGAAAUUAUACUCAGUAAGGGUUAUAAUAAAGCAGUGGACUGGUGGGCAUUGGGUAUUCUCAUCUACGAAAUGGCUGCUGGCUACCCACCUUUCUUUGCAGACCAACCUAUAGAAAUUUAUGAAAAAAUUGUCUCGGGACAGGUUCGUUACCCCUCACACUUCUCACAAGACUUGAAAGAGUUAUUGAAAAGUCUCCUUCAAGUGGACCUCACCAAGAGGUAUGGAAACCUCAGAAAUGGUGUUAAUGAUAUCAAAAAUCAAAAAUGGUUUGCUUCAACAGACUGGAUAGCUAUUUAUCAAAAGAAGGAGAAAGCACCACUUAUUCCUAAGAUAACCCAUCGAGGAGAUACUCGUCAUUUUGAAAAGUACGAAGAGAGCAAAACCCUUUUCCAUCGCACCUUGACCAGUGCUUAUGAAGCCGAGUUUGAAUCAUUCUAAUUGCUCCUUUUCUAACUAACCUCACCAGUAUCAGCUGGAAGCACCUUUUUUACCUAAAUGCAAAGGACCAGAGGAUACAAGCAAUUUUGAUGACUAUGAAGAAGAAGCUUUGCACAUAUCAUCUGCAGAAAAGUGUGCUAAGGAGUUCACUGAUUUUUAACAGUUACUGCU